AUGGUUUGGAAACAGGUGAAAGCAAAGGAUAUUAUGAGUCAAGAAGAAGCUGAGAGAGACAAACAGGAAGAAGAGUACAUUGAAGAGGAAGACGAGGAUUUCGAUCCAGAAAACGGUGAUGAUGAUAAUGAAGAAGAUGAGAAAGUAAGAAAGCCUGUGAAAGGAUCUAAAAAGGGUGCUAAAGGACAAGUGAAUGAUGAUGGUUUGGAUUAUGAGAAAGAAGUUAAAAGUGCAAAUUAUAGUAGAAUAGAAAGUUCGGAAGGUGGAUUAAUUAAAACAAGAACUCAAAGAGCCCAGGAAGAAUUACAAUCAAAACAAUAUAAAGAUGUGAAUAAUGUUCAAAGCUCAGUUGAUGUAAAUGAUCUUUGGAAGCAAUUACAAGAACAAUCACAGGCAAGAUUGAAAAAUCGUUAUAGUUCAUCAUCUCCAUCACCUUCAUCUGAUAAUAUUCAACCAUUAAAUUCAAAUGAACAAAUCAAGAUUAAAAGAAAAUAUGAAUUUGCAGGUGAGAUUGUUACAGAAGAGAAAUUGGUAAAUAAAGAUUCUGCAGAAGCUAGAGAAUAUUUAAAUUCAAUUAAAAAUAAUCCAAAAUCUGAAAUUGAAACUAAAAAUGGUUCUAAAGAUUCUAAAGAUGGAAAAGAAUUAAAACAACAUGAUGGACCAAGAUUAAGAAUCAAAAGGAAAAGACCACCGUUAUUAGAAGGUAUAAUAAGUGGUGCUAUAAAACCAAAAUUCAAUACAUUAGAAAAAUCCAAAUUAGAUUUUGCACAAUUUGUUGAUAAAGAAGGUAUUGAUGAUGAAUUAAGACAACAUAAUAAAGAUGGUUAUUUAGAAAGACAAGAUUUCUUGAGUAGAGUGGAAUUUUUCAAAGAUAAUCAAAUUAAAGAAAUUAGAAAAAAGGAGUUGGCUAAUAAACAAUAG